GUUUAAAUAUGGCGGGCACCUUAUUACAAUUCCCGUGGAGAGUUACAAAGAAAAUUCACGUCUCUCACUCGAGAUUUCUCGCAUUUUUCUCCUCAGAACGUCACUUACGGAUAUUAAAUUACAGUUCACCCAAUCAGAACAGCCACGUCCACGAAAAGACCGUCCGAAGAUUCCUAACCUAUGCAGUCGUUUUCGGUACCAGUAUUAGCUGGGCCAUUUACAAAUUCAGGAAUGAGCUCCAUGAACGAUUUGGAAACUCUGUAUUAUUUCCUACGAUUCACGCUUUUACCGGGUCAGUGCCUACCGAUGUCAGUCAUAACAGAGAACGCUUCAAUUUCAUCGCAGACGUAGUCGAGAUAUCUGCUCCCUCGGUUGUGUUCAUCGAGAUCAAAGAUCAGAAGAGGAUAGACUUCUUUACAGGGAAGCCUGCAACCACCAGUAAUGGAUCGGGAUUCAUCGUCAAGGAGGAUGGUCUGAUCCUAACGAAUGCCCAUGUUGUAAUUAACAAACCGAAUACGAUAACGAAGGUUCGUUUGCAGGAUGGCAGUACGUACACUGCACAGAUAGAGGACGUCGACCUCGUAAGCGAUCUGGCGACUAUUCGCAUCAACAAAACGAACCUGCCAGUGAUGAAACUUGGUAGCUCGAUGAACAUUAGACCCGGAGAAUUUGUGGUCGCCAUUGGCUCGCCUCUGUCGUUGAGCAACACGAUAACCAGUGGAGUCGUUAGCAGCGUUAACAGAGACAGCAAAGAACUUGGUCUGCAUAACAAGCGUAUGGAGUACAUUCAAACGGAUGCAGCGAUCACGUUUGGGAACUCCGGUGGUCCAUUGGUUAAUUUGAACGGUGAAGCCAUCGGAAUUAAUGCAAUGAAAGUCACUGCCGGGAUUUCGUUUGCCAUUCCGAUAGACUAUGCGAAAGACUUUUUAAUGAGAGCAGAGCAGCGAAGGAGCAAAGGCUUGCAGAGUGGCAUGGAGAGAACGAAGAGAAGAUAUUUGGGAGUGACGAUGCUGACAUUAACGAACGAAAUACUGUUCGAACUUCAACAGAGGAUGGGGAACAUCCCGCAGAGUGUGAGACACGGCGUUCUGAUCUGGAAAGUCCUUGUGGGGUCGCCUGCGUAUAUUGGAGGCAUCAAAGCAGGGGAUAUCAUCACACACAUAAAUGGAGAUCCUGUUGUUACAGCCCAGAGCAUUCACAAGGCUCUGGAGAAAUCGGGAUCGGUGAUUUUAACCGUGGUUAGGGACGGAAGGGUAUUGGAUAUUAAAGUCGACCCUGAAGAUAAUUAAUGACAAAAACUAUACUAAGAGGAAUAAUUUAUGCACAGUGAAAGAAGUGAAAUCUUUUAUAAUAACUCCAGGAAAUGGAAAAAUAAUGCUAAGAAGAGAGCCAGCGAAGGAAAUGCUAUUUUUCACACAAUCUAGUUCCCAGUGUUAUUUUUAUUAGUCUAUUGAAUUUAUUUAAAUAGUACAAUGAAAGGAAACGAUCAAACUCUGUUUCCUCAUGCGGAAGUGAAAAUAAUUAUUGCAAACAAUUGUUUAAUAAAUAUUGACUGUUUUUCA